AGCGCCGUGUCGGAGCCCCUCGACCACGUCGGAGACUUCGAGGCCGUGUGGGACGAGAUCGUCCUCUUGCUGAAGAAUCCGCCCAAGCAGUUCGCCCUCAAGUCGUCGAGCUGCAGCGUGGUCUCGGACUCCGAGUUCACGGUGGCCAGGGUCCUCGACGGCGCCAUCCUCAGGACCCUCGGCAAGCCGACCCCCGACGGGAAGGACGGGGAGGACCUGGUGAG